AUGAACAGCUACGCCCUUGGCAGUGUACCCAACUCUCUGGAAGAGAACACGGGUCUCCUUGAAGAACGACUAUCAUCUGACAACGAUGCGGAGCCCAGAAAUGUCAUCUUCGAACUGGAUCGACGGUUUUCUAGGCCAACAUGGACCAGCUACCUCAUCUCCCUCGUGGAAGCAGUUGGCGCGAUUCACUGGGGAUCCGCGAUAUCUGAUAUUGCAUGGUUCUGCGUCCCCAGCUUCCUACAGGGCCGCCAUAUGCGCGAAAAGAUCCGUCCCGCCAAGGUCCAUCCCACAGCCUAUCUCGAUGGCAUGCGAGGCGUGGCCGCCCUCUUCGUCUACUUCUGCCACUACACCGUCCAGGGCUUCGUCAUCAACAGAGGCUGGGGCUGGCAGGGGACAUUAUAUGGCUUCUGGCGACUGCCCUUCGUGCGUUUGUGGUAUUGCGGACCGCCCGCUGUCUCCAUCUUCUUCGUGAUAUCCGGCUACGCUCUCUCCUACAAACCCCUCAAGCUUAUGCGAAGCCACAAAACCCAGGACUUUUCCAUCAACAUGACCUCCAUGGUCUUUCGCCGUGGAAUCCGACUAUUUCUCCCGACCGCCAUUUCAACAUUUAUCUUUUUCUGCAUGAUUCGGUUGGGUGCCUUCGAGUUGACUCGUGAACUAGUCAGCAACAAGGCCUACUUCAGACACGUGGUACUCCACGUUCCAAAUCGACCUGACUCUGUAACUGCACAUUUCAUGCAAUGGGUUAGGCAUAUAAUUCGCGGCUUCAAACUCUUUGACUUUAUCGACCGUUCGGCACUCACAGAGUUUGACCUUUUCUUAUGGACUAUUCCGAUCGAAUACCGCUGCUCGCUGUAUCUAUCUGCCAUGCUUGUUGGCACAGCUCGUCUCCAGACCAAGUACCGGCUUCUCACCCUUGCCUUUGCCAUCUAUGUAGUAUAUCGGUCCGUCAGAUGGGACUUUCUCAUGUUCCUCUGCGGCAUGGGCCUUGCUGAGUGGGACCAGAUCCGCGGGGCUCAUACUACAUCGCCCACUCUACCGGUGGAUGAAAAACAAUCUGGUUCCGCUCGACAGCGAUUGAAGCCGAUUUUAUGGAACUUGAUUAGCAUCUUGGCAUUGUAUUUCUUGAGCCAACCUGAUGUUGGCGGCGAAGAGACCCCUGGUUGGAUUUUUCUUACGUCGAUAAUCCCGGAGUGGUGGGACAAGCCGUAUCGUUACUGGCAAGGUCUUGGUUCAGUCCUCUUCAUCCUCUCUGUCAGUUACUCGGCAUUUUGGUUGAGAGUCUUCAAUUCGGGCCCCAUCCAGUACUUGGGAAAGAUUUCAUACUCUUUCUACAUCGUCCACGGACCGACAACUCGCCUUAUAGGCUAUCACAUAGAAGGCUUGGCUUGGAGCAUAACAGGCGUCGAGGGCCAUUGGUACACCGUCGGUUUCGCCCUGGGGGCUUGUUUCUCACUGCCAUGCGUCGUGUUCAUCGCUGAUAUUUUCUGGCGGGCUGUUGACAUCCCGGCCGUGAAAUUUGCCAGAUGGCUCGAGGGAAAGGUCAAUGUCAAGGAAGAUUAG